GAACAAGCAGAAGUGGUGCUAAAUUUAAAUUUAUAAACACAGGACCAAAAUAAUGACAAGAGCGGUGAAUCUACAAAAGGUUGGGGGAAAUUGAACGAAAUAAUUGCAUUUGGGGAAGCUAGUAUUCAGAUUGAUUUCAAAUGGAAUCUGACGAAGAGGAUGCACCUGAGCUCAUCGAAGCCGACUUAAAACCAGUGCCAGUAACAAUUGUGACGGGAUUCCUCGGCUCAGGCAAAACAACGCUGCUUAAUUACAUUUUGACUGAGCAGCAUACAAAGAAAAUUGCUGUCGUCCUUAAUGAAUUCGGAGAAGGAAGUGCACUGGAGAAAAGUUUGACUGUCGGGCAGAAUGGAGAACUUUUCGAAGAAUGGCUCGAGCUUCGAAAUGGUUGCCUGUGCUGCUCUGUCAAGGACAACGGAGUGAAGGCGAUUGAAAAUUUAAUGCAGAAGAGAGGAAAAUUUGACUAUAUUUUGCUGGAAACCACAGGCCUAGCUGAUCCAGGCCCCAUUGCAUCAAUUUUCUGGCUGGAUUCUGAUCUUGGAAGCAGUGUCUAUUUAGAUGGUAUCAUUACUGUAAUUGAUGGAAAAUAUGGAAUUCAGAAUCAUGAAAUUAAUACUGAAACAGAAACUACAGUGAACGCAGCAGAGCGGCAGAUCGCCCUCGCCGAUUUGCUGAUUUUGAACAAAGCCGACCUUGCGUCCACCGACGAGCUAGAAAAGCUCGAAGACUUUGUGAGAGGCCUGAAUGGUGCCAGUGAAAUUGUGAAGACGGAGAGAUGCAGGAUAAAUUUGGAUAAAAUUCUUGAUUUGAAAGCCUAUUCUGGAGAUGGACUUGAUAGACUAAGAAGAUUGAUGGACGACGUUUCAAAGUUCAAAGGAAAAUCACACUUGGACAAAGAUAUCAACACGGUUACCUUCGAAUGGCCGACUCCACUCAGCGAAGAAGUGAUUAAUUUAUUUGCGCAGAAAAUUCUGUGGGAAAACGCUCUGCAGCCGGCGUCAGUCAUUCGAAUCAAGGGAAUAAUUAAAUUGCCUGGGAAGGAAAACGUUUUGAUCAUGCUCCAAGGCGUUUACGAGAUGUACGAUCUGCAAGCGGUACCUGAGCCACUCCAAGGCGCCGGCGAGAGUGGCUCCCCUUGCCGCUUCAUCAUCAUCGGACGUGGCGUGAAGAGAAGUGAAGUGGAGGAUUUGCUGCAAAGGUGCAUUGAAGACUUGUCUUGAUCAAUAAAUAAAUUAAAUUCAUUUCAAUAUUAAGUGUUUUUAUUUC